AUGGAUUUCUUGGGAAUCAAAAACAAUAAGUUCGUUAAGAAUAAAGAACUUAAUAAAGAAUAUGAGGAAAUGCUCAUGGUGGAAGAUCACAUUUUGCAAUCGGAUAAUGAAACCAAUAUAAUUGUUCCAGAAUCUCCAGAUUUUAAAUUCAUAUAAACUAUAAAAAGGAGGAGGAUUAGAUGACGACUAGGAGAACUUGUUUGAGUUCAUUUUUAUAUUAUCUUGUACUAACAAUCUUUUAAA